AUGAGUAUGAGUUUCUUCGCCGUGAGGGACAUCAAGACUCAUCGGCAUCUGCGGUCUCGCGUCUCGUCCGGGUACUCCAUGACUUCCAUCCAAUCCAUGGAGCCCUUGAUACAAGGUGUCGCAAUCUCCAUGUGGCAGAGAAUGGGAGAGUUUGCCGAUAGGAAUGCUCCGGUUCGCAUGGAUGAGUGGGCAAACUACUUCGCCUUUGACGUGGUUGGCAGCCUGGCCUUGGGAGGCCCUAUCGGUUUCAUCGAGAAGGGAAAGGAUGUCGACGGCAUCAUCCGGUCAAUCCAUGACGGCUUCUGGCUCAUGGCGAACAUGGGCAACAUGCCACUUCAAAUGACGUGGUUCAACAAUCGCAUCGCACAGUGGGCCCUCAAGUCCUUUGGCGGCCAACGGCUCCAAGCCUUCUCCCGGUUUGUGGACUGGCUGGAGGUCCGCGUCGACGAGCGCUAUCGAAAUGGCCUCGGCUCCAAGCGGCGAGACAUGUUGCAGCUGUUCAUCGACGCUAGGGACAUGUCGGGGCAGCCGGUCACGAAGGGCGAUGUCAUGAUGGAAGGCGUCAAUAUUCUGGGCGCUGGAGCAGAUACGACAACUGUUGGCAUUCUUGCCACGCUGGGCUCGCUUCUUCUUCACCCCGAAGCGAUCGUUCGGCUCCAGGCAGAAAUUGAUGAAGCGUACUGCUCUUUGGGACUCGAAAAGACAGGGCGAGACAUUGAGUUCUUAGAGUCGUCCAAACUACCGUUCCUAUCCGCCGUCAUCAAAGAAAGUACGAGACUGCACCCUUCCAUUCAGUAUCAACUUCCCCGCGUGGUUGGUCCCGGAGGCUUGCAACUGGAUGAUGUGGCAGUGCCGGAAGGCACGAUCUGUGGCAUAAGUCCCGCUUCGAUGAACAGGUCGAUGGAAAUAUUUGGCCCAGACGCCGAUGAGUGGAAGCCUGAGAGAUGGAUUGCGACUGAUGCAAACCAUGGGGAAAAGAUCAAGUAUUGGAACUCCCAUUUGACAACGUUCGGUAUGGGAAGCAGAAGCUGCGUAGGGAAGAACUUGGCCACGGUCGAAAUGCACAAUUUCAUUGCGCAGUUCUUCCGUAGAUUUGAUGCUUCGUUAGUGGAUCUGGACCGCCCCUGGCAAACAAAGACGCAAUGGUUUGCUUUUCAGAGGAACUUCUGGGUACGCGUAAAGCGUAGAUGUUGAUCUAGAUCAGUGACUAGUGUUUAGCUCUCGGUUAGAAGAUGAAAUCAAUCGGACAAUGGAAAACCUCCAGAUCAGCCCAUACAUGCACAGGCAUCGCGUGAAAUAGUGGUAUCAACCAAUAAACAGAUAAGAAAGCCCUGUAUUCGAGUUUCUGACAGAACUCAAGCUGCUUGUGUUGAAUAUCC